AUGCGUGCGUGUGCAUGUGUCUUCACCGAAAAGCUCAAAAUCGAGCAGUUACAGUUGAAUUUAGCCAAGCAGCUAAUCAAAAAUGUUGGCUGGCCGGACUGGUUUGACUUCUCGGAUACAUCAACUUUGGACGCAUAUCACGAGCAUUACAAUUUAAUACGGAAAAUGGACGACUGGUGGGAAAUACGAGAAGCUCUGCAAUAUGCGUACCAACAAACUGAAAAUGUUGGAAUUCUGGAAAAAGAGCCGAACAGGAAAAAUUUCCUCAUGUCACCAGCAAUUUUCAAUGCCUGGUAUCAACCAAAUUUGAAUUCAAUAACAUUCCCAUAUGCUGCAUUUAAUCCGCCAUCAUACGGGUAUGGCUAUCCAAAAGCAUACAAUUAUGCUGGUCAAGGUUCCACGGCCGGUCAUGAGCUAACGCAUGGUUUCGAUGAUGAAGGUAACAUUUACGGAAUAAACAAAAAUAAAAUAGGGAAUUUAUCAAAAGUACUACUGAUUGAAUAUAUCGCUUAG